UGCUAGUUAUAUUAACAAUGACUGUAAAGUAAACACUUUGUAGGUGUAUACAGAACAUAAAAUUUGAUAAAAGAAACCUAUUUUUUCAUUUUCUACAGUAAAUAUUUUAUUUAUUUUUACUACAAAAAAUUAUCAAUUUGAAUUCCAGUAGGAGAAGAUUAGUUUGCUACAUAAUAUGUGAGCAUAAAUAAUGUGUGUACGUGUAAGGAAAGCAUACGCAAAAAUUAAAUACUGGAUACUUAAAAUGGAUUUGUCAGCUGUUCCUCUAUUGGCAUUGUCAAAAAAUUAAAAACGCUAAUUUCAGCAUUAUUAAUUCCAAUAAGAAUAUUGCCUGCCGAUAACGGAUUACCAAGACAUUGGAGAGGAUUAACACAUGUUUUUGAAUUGUCAGGUAAAGCAAUGCCUCUACUUUAUACUCAUUUAAAUCCGUCUAAGUAUAUUUUAGACAUAAUUGACAAUAGAACACCUUUAAAGGACCUGCAAAAAGCAUUUGAGGCAAUCGAAAGAUGGGACGUGUUUGAUGAUACAGAAACUUUCUUUGAAAAAGAUGUCCAAGUGUACAUUGAAAAUCUCAAACGAUCGCUGAAAAAGGCAGAAGAUGUCGUUGCUAAUACAGAUUUAGAUAUACUCACAAUUGAAACAGUUGGUGCGGCCACGGACCAUAUGCGCCACAGAGAUGUCGACGGAAAACCCCAACAGCGUCGCCAUUAUUCAUUAAAUUAUUAUGAAAAUUUAUAUUUUUAAACUUCAAAAGAUGUACAAUAAACUCCUCAUAUUCCAAUUUUAAUUGACUUUAUAAAUUCUCUGAAAAAAAUUCACAAAAAAUGCCUAUUUUUUCGGUU